CUCCUUUGGGUUCAGCUUUGCUUACAUCUUGAUAUAGACACCACUAUCUUUCAUAUGCAUGCAUGCUGCUCAUGUUGCUUUGCUUUGGUUCCUUCUUGAAUGAUUUCGCUAGCUGUUUCGCUAGGACCACAAAAUAGGCAAUGUAGUUAGUCCCCUGAGCAAUCACACGCAUCGGCAUCCAUGGCGGCAUCCUGGCCCUCUUCCCCUACUGCCGUUGUUAGCGUCCAGAGCCUGACCCACCAAUCGCUGUCUCCGAACAUCACCAACUUCUGCAUAUGGAGGGAAUUUGUGUGGGGAGCAAUCGCAGGCGCAUUUGGAGAAGGCAUGAUGCAUCCAGUUGACACCGUGAAAACAAGGCUUCAGAGUCAAGCUAUAAUGUCAGGUGCUAAGGCUCAGAAGAAUAUUUUUCAGAUGGUCAGGACAGUUUGGGCUUCUGAUGGAUUAAGAGGUUUUUACAGAGGAGUUAGUCCAGGCAUUACUGGUUCACUUGCUACAGGUGCAACAUAUUUUGGUGUUAUUGAAUCAACAAAGACAUGGCUGGAGAACAAUAAUCCUAAUCUCAGUGGUCAUUGGUCUCACUUUAUUGCUGGAGGAAUUGGAGAUACACUUGGAUCUUUUAUCUAUGUGCCUUGUGAAGUUAUGAAGCAACGGAUGCAAGUCCAAGGCUCCAGCAAAUCUUGGGCACUAAAUGCUACAAAAGGGAAUUUUUCUCAAUCUCCUGGCACUCAGAUGUAUGGUUACUAUAAUGGAAUGUUCCAUGCUGGCUCUUCUAUCUGGAGAGAUCAUGGUGUGAAGGGACUCUAUGCAGGAUAUGGGUCUACGCUUGCCAGGGAUGUCCCGUUUGCUGGCCUAAUGGUAACUUUCUACGAAGCAAUGAAAGAACUGACUGUAUAUGGGAAGAGGAAGUAUUUGCCAGACAGCGAUUUGCAAGUCAGCAACUCUUUUGAAGGGCUUGUUCUAGGAGGAUUAUCAGGCGGUUUUAGUGCAUACUUGACAACCCCCUUGGAUGUGAUCAAGACAAGACUACAAGUACAAGGAUCAACUACUAGGUAUGAUGGAUGGCUGGAUGCUAUUAAAAAGACAUGGGAUUCCGAGGGAGUGAAUGGCUUGUUCAAGGGAAGUGUCCCUCGGAUAAUAUGGUACAUACCCGCAUCUGCAUUCACGUUCAUGGCGGUGGAAUUCCUGAGAGAGCAUUUCAACAAGAAGACCGAUGCAGAUGCGGAAACGGCCUUGAACUAACAGACCCACUGAGGCUGAGGCGCAAGAGAGAAUUGACCCAGAGGAUUUUUUUUUGGUUUGUCCGGUGGCGGAGUUCCUUCUUGCCGAUGUUGAAGUGGAUAUGCAUUUUCAGCAAUGCAGAAACAUAUGUAGGUAGCAGAAAGAGAGAAGAGCUGGCUGUCCUUCGUUAAGUCGGAGAUUUUGUGAGUUAGGAGCCAGCAGCAGCAUUCUCAGUUUCUCACAUAGUUUGUGUAUGGAUGAUGAUCGUUUCCUUGAAUGCUCGAGGGGUUGUGUCGUAUGGGAUCAACCAUCUGUAUGAUGUCGAGCAAUGCAUGGUGAUAUGAUGAGCUGACAUGUCACAAGGUGGAGGAUGGUUUGUAGUCUGAACAAGCUCGACCGGAGUUAGACAUAUAAGCCGUGUGUCCUGCACAGUCCUGCUAGAGUUUUGCAUGAUUAACCGGGCAACAUUCUUCUUCUCAAUUAAUAAAAAUGAAAAACUUUUGCCUUGA